AUGACCUUGUACGAGAUGUUUUUGCAGAUAUUUGCUACAAGGCUGCGGAAAUUUCGCAAUAUCGAAAGGGCUGAUCAAUUGAGGAUUGCUACAGCAGCUGUUGAAGCAAUCAAUCCGCAGGUUGCACCUCCAAUAACUGAUUUAGUGGACCCCAAGAGAGAGUACCGUUACUGGAGAGUUGCUGAGGCUAGUGCCUUUUUUGAUGAUUUUAUUUCACAUUGUUGCUUAGAACAACAAGAAGAUAUUUGCGAUAGCAGUGGCGGUGAUGGUUGGGGCGACGGUUUUGGUUGCGGUGGCGCUAGUGCUAGUGGUAGUGGCGGCAGGGGCAAUGCUAGUGGCAGUAGUGCUGCUGGUGGUGGUAAAGGCAGUACUGGUGGUGGUGCUGGUGGAGACACCAUGGACGUAAGGAUGAUCCUGAUGCUUGUGUCGGUAGUAGAGGUGGUAUUUGUGGUGGAGAUAUGUAUAUAUGCUGGUAAAGGUGAUGAUGGUUGUCACGGUAGCUGCGGUGCUAAUGACGAUAGUGGUGGUACCGGUGGCAAUAAUAGUGGUGUACGUAGUGGCGGCAGUGGUAGUGGUGAUGAUACUGGUGAUGGAAAUGGUGGUGGAGGCAGGGAUGAUCCUUGCCCUGGUGGCGGUGCUAGUGGCGAUGGUGGUUUUAAUUUAUAA